UCGCCAGAGCCCUGAGAGCGCCCGGCUCCGCGGCCGCCGACGCAGCAGCCGCCUCCGCUCGUCAGCCCCGAGGCGCGCGGGCUCCCGGGCAGCCCCGGCGGGCGCGGCGAGAGGGCGCGCAAGGCGGCGGGGCGGGCCGCACGCGCCCCCGGCCGCCCCCCGCCCGCGCGCGGACCGGCCCAGCGGAGCCCCGGCGCGGGGAAGCGCCGGCCGGGCGAGGGCGAUGCCGCGGUGACGGCCCCGCCAUGGCGAAGCCCGCAGCGACGGCGGCGGCGGCGUCGGAGGAGCUGAGCCAGGUGCCGGACGAGGAGCUGCUCCGCUGGAGCAAGGAGGACCUGGCGCGGCGGCUGCGGCGCGCGGAGGGCGAGAAGGUGGGCCUCAUGCUGGAGCACGGCGGCCUGAUGCGCGACGUGAACCGGCGGCUGCAGCAGCACCUGCUGGAGAUCCGCGGCCUCAAGGACGUGAACCAGCGGCUGCAGGACGACAACCAGGAGCUGCGCGAGCUCUGCUGCUUCCUCGACGACGACCGGCAGAAGGGGCGCAAGCUGGCGCGCGAGUGGCAGCGCUUCGGGCGCCACGCGGCCGGCGCCGUGUGGCACGAGGUGGCCCGCUCGCAGCAGAAACUGCGCGAGCUCGAGGCGCGCCAGGAGGCCCUGCUGCGCGAGAACCUGGAGCUCAAGGAGCUGGUGCUGCUGCUGGACGAGGAGCGCGCGGCACUGGCGGCGACGGGGGGCUCAGGCGGCGGCGGCGGCGGGGGCGGGGGCGGUGCCGGCUCCCGCAGCUCAAUCGACAGCCAGGCCAGCCUGAGCGGGCCGCUGGCGGGUGGCGCGCCCGGCGCGGGGGCCCGCGACGUGGGCGACGGCAGCAGUACGUCCAGCGCGGGCAGCGGCGGCAGCCCGGACCACCACCACCAUGUCCCACCCCCGCUGCUGCCCCCUGGGCCGCACAAGGCCCCCGAAGGCAAGGCAGGAGCAACACGUCGGUCCCUGGACGACCUGUCGGCGCCGCCGCACCACCGCAGCAUCCCCAACGGUCUGCACGGUAAGGACUACACGGGCCGGGCAGCGCGGGUCUCCCUGGCUGCAGCCCCUUCCCCAGGCUGCGGCGAGAGGAGGUGGUGGUCCCCGGCGGUCCCACUCGUGCGGCCGCCACUCCAGACUCCUCCUCCAGCUGUCAUGGAUUCUGGACCAGGGGAUCCCGCACCCACCCGAAGUGGGGCUUUGGUCGGUUGUGGGCCGGUCCAGUGGUGGAGCGUCUUUCUGUCCAGCUCAGAACCUGCUGCCGGUCCGGUCCCAGGAAAGUUUCUAGCGGGUGUAGUUGCCAAAAUUGGUGUCUGUCACUGCUGGGCUGGCGGUGGGCGCCUCAUCCCAGCCUUGGAAAUCCUUGCCUAG